CCGCACUAACAAGUUAGAAAACACAUGAUUUAACUUAACCUGCAGGUUAAAAUUCAGUUUGUUUAUAAUCUAUUCAUCAAAAGUUAUCCGUAAACAAUGGUAAAAUAUAUGGGCGAUUUCGCCAAAAAAAUACCACCAAAACAUGUGUCUAAGUAUGCGCUUCGAAUGAUGAAAUUACGGUCGAAAUUGUUUAAUGAAUAUGUUCGAACACCAAUGCCAUAUGAAAUAUCACGUGCCGUUGUAGUUGAUCCUCGUCAACGGCAAGCCUGGGAUUCGCACCAUUUUCAAAACGAACAAAUGGUCAAUCGAUUCGCUCAAUUACCCAGCGAUUUGGACCAUAUUAGAUCCAUACGAUAUUAUCCUGCUCAUCCACAAAUUGGAGACCUAAUGUCAUUGUUGCGGCAACAUGGCCUAUAUCGUGAUGAACAUAAAGAUAUAAAAGAAGAGAUGAGUCGUUUACGAGCAUUAAGAGGUAAACCUGAUAAAAUUUGGGGCAACAAAAAUUCGCAAGCUCAAUCCGGCGAUGAGGAGUGAUUGCAUUUACAUUCAAUAGAUGGUGUCUGUCGUUUCGUUAUCAUGUUGGGAUGUUUCUUUAAAUUUUUAAAUUUUCUAAUUGAUAUUUUUCUUACUUUUUAACUGUCAUUUGAUUGUAAUUUAAUCGAUAGAAAGAUGGAUAUGAUAUAUGAGAAUAUGAAAAUUUGAAUAUGCUUAGAGUCAUGAAAUUAUACCUGUUCAUUUGAAAGAAAAGGAUUUUCUAGCUAUAGAAUAUUUUUAAAAAGUUUUGUAUUAUACUUUUUAACUCGGAUUGAAUGGUGAUAAUAAAUAAAAUGAUUUUCAUUUUCUGAUGAAAAUGUGAAUCAAAUUACUAAAA